GAUUAGACAGCGCCCUACGAAAUUCCACACUACAAAAUUCUAAAAAGCAAAAAAUAUAUAUAUACACACACACUAUUCCAGACACCAACAUCCUUGACGGUGCUCCGCGGCCUCCCUUAUUAUGACGAGACGUGCUCCGCUAUUUCCACUAGGAGGAGUAGUGGGCCGUCGCGUAUUGGAAUCGUGCAAUAAAACCAAACUACUGUACCAGUUUGGAGUCUUCUUCGUACCAGUUUGGAGUCAGGACGGUAACAUGACUGUGUGUCAGACUUGUGGUGACGAAGGCGAAAUUAAACUUCUAAUCUACUGUGUUAAGUGUCAGGAUUCUGCUGUGCAUCACUAUUGUCUAGACAAUUUUUCUCCUGAUGAUGAUUGUAUCACUUGGAUGUGUGUUGAAUGUGCACCGAAGGAGGCUGCUGAAUUGCUGUCAUCGAGAAAAAGCGAGCCAGUAAAUUUAAGAAAAGACCAGGCUGUUGAAGUACGAAUGAAUAGAAAGAAAAAGCUAAAUAAGAACUGUUCUUUAAAAGCAAAAAGAGCUGUUUACAUGGACAGACCGGCUGAAAUAGCUCAGUUACCAAGUAAUAGUUCUCUCCCAUGUGAGGAGAUGAAGAACCUGCACUCAAUUCAUGAAACACGAGGGAAUCAAGAGCUUAUAAAGCAUAGAAGAAGGUUAAUUCUUGAAGAUGGGGACAGACCAGAAGAUGAAUUUGAAUUAAUUAAAGCUGCAGCUUCUCCGUUACCUCCUUAUGAUCAUUAUGGUCCAGUGAAUGUUUCGUAUGGUCAGCGAUCUUUAAAAUCUGAUAUGGACAGACCGGCAGAAACAGCUCAGUUACCAAGUGAGAGUUCUCUCCCAUGUGAGGAGAUGAAGAACCUGUACUCAAUUCAUGAAACACGUGGGAAUCAAGAGCUUAGAAAGCAUAGAAGAAGGUUAAUUCUUGAAGAUGGGGACAGUCAAGAAGAUGAAUUUGAAUUAAUUAAAGCUGCUGCUUCUCCGUUACCGCCUUAUGAUCAUUAUGGUUCACUGAAUGUUUCGUAUGGUCAGCGAUCUUUAAAAUCUGAUAUGGACAUACCGGCGGAAACAACUCAGUUACCAAGUGAUAGUUCUCUCCCAUGUGAGGAGAUGAAAAACCUGCACUCAAUUCAUGAAACACGUAAAAAUCAAGAGCUUAGAAAGCAUAGAAGAAGGUUAAUUCUUGAAGAUGGGUACAGUCCAGAAGAUGAAUGUGAAUUAAUUAAAGCUGCAGCUUCUCCAUUACCUCCUUAUGAUCAUUAUGGUCCUGUGAAUGUUUCGUAUGGUCAGCGAUCUUUAAAAUCUGAUAACUAUGUGCAUGCACGACCUAUUGUGGAUCCAAUCUGGAGGGGUUCCUUUAGGAUUGGCAACAAAAAGGAUAAAAUUCUUGUUGGAAUUAUGGCCCAUUUAUCUAGUAAAGCUUGCUCGAAAGUGUCUGAUGCAGCAUCUUUGUUACCACCAAAAGUUGAUGUUGAAAUUCUGCCUAGAUGUGAUGCAUGGCCAAAGAGUUUUAAAAGGUUGCCACCCACUAAUGAUAGCAUUGCUCUGUAUUUCUUUCCGGAGUACGAAAGGGAUGAAAAAGUUUUUGACCGUCUGCUAGAUGAGAUAAUUGAGCACAACCUCUCUCUGAAGGCGGAGAUUAAUGAUGUGGAUCUUUUAGUUUUCUCAUCUCUUGAAUUGCCACAACAAAAUUGGAGAUUUUGUAGGAAGUAUUAUAUGUGGGGUGUGUUUAAACCAAAGCAGUACUCCUGUGCCUUGGUACAACCAACAAUUCUUGAAAAGUAGCAGUUCUCCUUGUGUCACGCUAAAAGUGCACAUUAUUAGCAGCAGCCAAGGUCACGCCAUUCUUUUGCUAAAACCAUGACUACUGGAAGUACCCAUGAGCAAUGGUAGUAGUAGCCAUUCGCUUAAGGCAUAACAUUGAUUUUUUAUUUUCUCACCCAUCCGACCUAAAUAAGCUUCAGGAGACGGAGCAUGGAUUAAGUAGGCGGGCUUAGAUCGCAGCACAGACAAUGAGAUUAUGGAGAUAGAAUAGAAUUAUAGAAGCAUUCGAUGUUAACUCCUCACAAACCUAGAAGACUUUGGGCCAUUUGUUAGGUUGACAAAGACACUGACAUUUGUGAGCCUUAUCUAGAACCAUUUCAUUGGAGUAGUUUUGACCUGAAGUUGGGUUUGUGCUCAUCUGGCAGGGAUGAUUUUGGGAAUAGGGCAUCAGGGUGUCAGUUACUACCAAGCAAUCCCUUCGUGUUGUACAAAGUUUAGUGUCGUGAUGGCUUCUAGUAUAGUUUCAUUUUGGGUCAUCUGCACGUGGAGUUGCUGAUUUUGAAAAAUUAUAGCUUUAAUGGCAUCAUCUGAUUCAUCUGCAUGUGGAGUGCCUGGCUGAUUUUGGGAUAUCAUAGCUUUAGUGGUACAUUGUUCUUUUUCUUUUUGAACAUCCCCUUUUGGAGGGCUUUCGCAUUGCUGUUUAUUUCUAAUAUAGCUAGAAUGGGAUCCACCAAGUCUUAUUAGCA